CCUCGGUUUGCAUGAAGCAGUUAAUAUGGAGGCGUUAUUGACAAGCCCCUCAGAUUUAAAGCAAGAAGAGCCUCCUCUGUCUGGAUCAGUUGUGUGGUUUUAGUUUUGCUGAUCUUACAUUGACAGUCAACCACUCUUGCAGUAAAAUGCAGAUGGCUCCAGUAUACUUCAUUUUUCUUCUGAUGCUUCAGUCUGGACUCUUGAAUGGAGAUGAACCAAACUGUCCUGCUCAUUGUGGAGUACCAGGCACUCCUGGUCUGCCUGGAAGAGAUGGGGCCAUUGGACCUAAAGGAGAGAAGGGAGAGCCAGCUUUUUACUUUACCGUCAUAGGGAUGGUAGGGCCACCAGGUAAAGCAGGACCACCUGGACCCCGAGGACCACCUGGACCCCAAGGAGUAAUAGGGCCACCAGGUCUACCAGGUAUUAAACAUUGGCAUCUUGGAGGUGACACCACAUCUCCAAAAUCUGAGAUCCAGCUUCUAAGUGCAAAGAUUGCCAUGAUAGAGAAAGUUGCAAGUUUUGAUGAAUUCAGAAAGGUUGGAGAGAAAUAUUUUGUUUAUGAUGGCUUUGUAGAAAGUUUCGAUAAGGGGAUUCAAUACUGCAAGGAAAUUGGUGGAGCAAUUGCUUUGCCAAGAAAUGCUGAUGAAAAUAAAGCUUUGGUAAAACUAUCAGUAGCCAGCGGAUUAAGUUUCAACCCGUAUAUUGGAGCCACAGACAGAGAUAAAGAAGGACAGUUUGUAGACACUGAUGGAAAACCCUUGACCUUUACCAACUGGGCUCCAGGUCAACCUGAUGAUUAUUUGGGAGCACAAGACUGUGGUGUUCUCAGAGUGGGGUCUGGUUUUUGGGAUGAUGUUGGUUGUGAUGAUAAACUUCCUGUCAUAUGUGAAAUACAGAUGGCUCCAGUGUACUUCAUUUUUCUUCUGAUGCUUCAGUCUGGACUCUUGAACUGUCCUGCUCAUUGUGGAGUACCAGGCACUCCUGGUCUGCCUGGAAGAGAUGGGGCCAUUGGACCUAAAGGAGAGAAGGGAGAGCCAGCUUUUUACUUUACCGUCAUAGGGAUGGUAGGGCCACCAGGUAAAGCAGGACCACCUGGACCCCGAGGACCACCUGGACCCCAAGGAGUAAUAGGGCCACCAGGUCUACCAGGUAUUAAACAUUGGCAUCUUGGAGGUGACACCACAUCUCCAAAAUCUGAGAUCCAGCUUCUAAGUGCAAAGAUUGCCAUGAUAGAGAAAGUUGCAAGUUUUGAUGAAUUCAGAAAGGUUGGAGAGAAAUAUUUUGUUUAUGAUGGCUUUGUAGAAAGUUUCGAUAAGGGGAUUCAAUACUGCAAGGAUAUUGGUGGAGCAAUUGCUUUGCCAAGAAAUGCUGAUGAAAAUAAAGCUUUGGUAAAACUGUCAGUAGCCAGCGGAUUAAGUUUCAACCCGUAUAUUGGAGCCACAGACAGAGAUAAAGAAGGACAGUUUGUAGACACUGAUGGAAAACCCUUGACCUUUACCAACUGGGCUUCAGGUCAACCUGAUGAUUAUUUGGGAGCACAAGACUGUAGUGUUGUCAGAGUGGGGUCUGGUUUUUGGGAUGAUGUUGGUUGUGAUGAUAAACUUCCUGUAAUAUGUGAAAUAGAAAUCAAAUAAUGUGUUUCAUUCCUUAUAUAAGUAACUAAACAAACGUAUUAUUACACUAUACACUAUAAGCCUUGAUUUUUAUUAAAAUUAAAAUACUACAUGAAUUCAAAAUUCUCAUGUUGCGCUGUCACAAAUCGAUACUGUCCGUUAUUUGUCCCAAUUUCUCAAUAAACAAAUUCAAAUGAUUUCUUUCUGAAAUAAAUAUAAACUCUCAAGUGCGCCUCAUGCUGUUUUCUGGAGGAAUUGACAGACGAGUUAAAGGGGUCAUAGCAUGACAAUGUUAGCAUUGCCACUUUGUAGGUUUGAGCAAAAAUGUGUCGUUUUGGGUGUGUUUUUUAAAAUGCAAAUGAGCGGAUGAAGUGCAAACACUGAUCACAAUGAUGGUGGUUUGUUGUAAUUCAAACUCAAUUGUGCUGUCAAGUCCUUCUUUUUUCUCUCUUUCUCUCUGCACUAAAUAGCAGUGCAGUGGUUGGAUAGUGCAGAUUAAGGGGGCGGUAUUAUUCUAAUAAGAUAUCCUUAUGACAUCAUAAUGAAAGCCAAAUUUCAAUGACCUAUUUUUACUCACACCUACAAAGUGGCAAUGCUAACAUUUUCAUGCCAUGGCUCCCCUUAAUGUCUCUGCGUGUGGAUUAUUUUCACCUCAGUGCCGGUAAGAAUAUUUAGUAAUCUUUAGGGUUAGGGUUUUUUUUAUUCUUCUCAAACUAUUAUUUCAUAACAGUGGCGAGGCUACACACUCAAAUUGACAGCUGGCCCACCAAGUAAAAAUAAAUUUUAUUGGGAAAGCAGGAGAAAUCAUGCAUAAAUGAUAAUAAAUGAUUGUCUCUUUAUAAUCGCUCAAAUGCGCAUCAUUCAGAAAUAAAUAACUAUUUAUAGAAAGUUAACCUUUGCAUGUGUUUUUUAAACCUUGCAAAUGUUAAAGGAGUAGUCUACUCAUUUUCAAUAUUAAAAU